AUGAGGAUUCCAUUGAAAACCUGGGAAAAACUUAUUCAGAGGAAGCCAAGAAUCUUCAACCCCUACAGUCACCACCACCGCCUCCAUUGUCUCAACAUACGGAAGAAACGAACUGGAGGCAAGAAUGAGAAGAAGAGGUCCUCAGGAGGCUCUUCUGGCGCCAAAGAUCAUUUCUUGAGCUCGCUGAGGAGGAGGAAGAAGAAACAAAGACAGAAAAGUGUCAAAAAUUUCGACACUAUACUAGAACCCCAACCUACUUCCUAUCUUCCUUUAUACCCACCACCAUCGCCCCCUCCGCCUCAGCCACCCCCUCCGCCUCCUUCGUCAGUGUUUCACAAUCUGUUCUCUACGAAAAAGGGAAAGACCAAGAAAAUUCAAUCAGAUGCAUCACCGGCCCCACCUCCUCCGCCGCCACCAGCAUGGGCUAAGACAGUGCGAGCAGCAUCAACAACCAAGUCUGGAAGAGGGCCUAUUACGGCCAGUAAACCUCCGCUGCCAGUUAAGACAAACAGUUUCAAUGGUGGCAACGGAAACCUGAGAUCCGGUAAUGAGUCUCCACUGGUUCCGAUACCUCCGUCACUGCCGCCGUUCAAAAUGCGGGGCUGGAAGCUUGUGGUGCAUGGUGACUUUGUUAGGACGAAAAGCAAUACUAGCUCACGAAGCUUUCCUCAGGACUUAAAUGAUGAUGAGGAGGGUAAUUCUUCGAGUGGCGCAGCUGGGAAGGACGGUCGAGUUCCAACGACGAUGCCGAUGUUCUGUCCGAGCCCGGAUGUUAACACCAAAGCUGAUACCUUCGUUGCAAAGUUUAGAGCUGGUUUGAAGUUGGAGAAGAUGAAUUCCAUCAAUGAGAGGCAAGGCAGGGGUAGAUUCAAUACAGAACCACGACAAAGCCCAGAUGCAGAAACCGUACAAGGAACAGGCCCAAGUUAG